UGACUGUCAUGUGUUGUCUUCAAAGCGUAGAUAUUGCUGCGCAUGCGCAUCCACUUUCUUUCUUUUGACAACGUGGUUGGGAUAGGAGGAGAUGAGUGCUGCAAAGAUUAAGAAACCCGGAGGGGAGAAGCUAGACAAGUUUGAAGAAUCAGUAUCUCAAGCUUUGAGUGAGCUAGAGUCCAAUGCUGAGAUACGACCAACUUUGAGAGAAUUGGUUUUCACUGGAGCUAAAGAGAUAGAUGCUGCUGGGAAAAAGGCAAUCUGUGUCCAUGUCCCUGUUCCACAGCAGAAAACAUUCCAAAAGAUCCAGGUGAGGUUAGUUCGAGAGCUGGAAAAAAAAUUUAGCGGACGUCCGGUUGUAUUUGUUGCUCAACGUCGAAUUCUCUCAAAGCCAAAGAGAAAUCAGCGAACUAGGCAAAAACAACUGAGGCCGAGAAGUCGCACCUUGACUGCUGUUCACGAUGCCAUCCUUGAAGACUUGGUGUACCCUGCUGAAAUUGUAGGAAAGAGGAUAAGGGUCAGGCUUGAUGGCUCUAGGCUUAUUAAAGUACACCUUGACAAAAACCAACAAACUAACUUGGAACACAAGGUUGAUGUCUUUACUGCUAUCUACAAAAGGUUGACUGGUAAAGAAGUGACAUUUGAGUUUCCUUUGUACGAAUGAACUAUUUGUGUAUUGUGAUGAAAAUGAUGUAUAUAGCAUUUUGUUUUCAACAUCAUUGAUACGAAA